AUGUCAAGCUCAAUUCAAAAGGGUCAUUUAACCGCACCGACAACAUCAUUAUCUAAUUCUUCCUCUUCUUCGUCAUCAACAACUCCUGCUUCAAGCAUUGGAGGAACAGCCAAUGUGAGGCGAGGCGAAACGGAAGAAUUUGUACAUUUCUUAUUUAGAGAAGGUUUACUUACGAAGGGUUCCCGUAUGGAAAGCUAUGAUUUUCACUCUAUUACUCCUUCUCUCUCAUAUCUUAUUCAGAAAAACUCAGAAAAUCCCAUAAAUGGUUGCCACACAAUAAUAUCUGCCCAUUCAUCAUUGGCUCUCAAAAAACAAGGCCACUCACUUCACAGUAAAAACUUUAAUUUAGUCUCAAAACCUAACACUUUGAUCGAGAAUAUUGACACAAAUUCUCAGAAAGUUUCUAUUUCACCAGAUUCAAAGUCUUUACAAGCUGAAGUUCCUGAGCAAUUUAAAGAUUGGCGCGCACACGAUAUUGGUACUGGGUUUUUACUAUAUGGCGAGACAGUAUGCUUCGUUUUGGCGCGCAUGAUGGAGUUGGCAUACUCAAGAGUUGUGAAUAGCGGAAUUGUAACAUGCUGUGUGCUAAGUCCAAAUUCAAAUUACCUCGAGAAUGAGUCUCAAAGUCUUCAUAUAAACAAUACAACAUCAUCUUUAAAUGCAGAUACUGUCUCAAAUGGUAGCGAGACUUGUGUUAGCCAAGGGGUGCCAAAAUAUGGGUUAGUAACAGAGCAUCCAAUUGGAGUUCUUGGAAAUGUGUUUAUCUUGAAUCCGUACUUAGAAGUUGUAGAAAUUCGGGCUAUUAUUGAGCUGGAAAUUAAUAAUUCAAAUUCUGUAAAGCAGGUAUUUGCUUGUAGACCGGACUUGGUUGAGCUUGGAAUGACUAAUUUUGAACUUUCAACAAAAGCUCCAUGCUUUUUAUUGGCGGUAAAAUGCAGUAUCGAUCUAACAUUACCGAUUUAUGCUUAUAAAAGAAAUAUCGAAUCAAAAUGUCGUACAUUGAAAGUAGUGAAAGAAGGAAAUAUGGUGGUUGGAAAGGAUUUCCAGCUUUCUAUUGAGAUUUUAAUGAGUCUUUAUACAUGGUUGAAGAGCCACCUACUUAAUCCAAAAUCUCCAUUUUUUGACUUGGAUUAUGGCAAGUUUUACUAUACCAGAGCACUCGAACUCCUUUCUAAUAUUGAGUACAUAGUAAAGGUAUCAGGAGGGGUCGAAAAAACUGUUUCUACAGUUGGAGGGAAUAUUAACUUAAACGAUGUUGGUUUGGGUAUUUGCGGAGGAGGGAGCGGACUCACAAGGCAUUUUGGGAUCUCUAAGUUUGGUACUCCGAAUUCAAGAUGCUCGAUUUCAACGGUUGCAUCCACAAAUACUCCAGUGAGCAUUGGAGAUACUCAUGCUGAUCUUGCAGCUCCAAAUGGUAAUUUAUGUAUGAGAGGGAUUAUACCAGGUGGAGGAACCCCUGUUCAAGAGGGAGCCACUGGUAAUAAUGGGACUCACGAACCUUCUAUAGCUGAAAAGACUUAUAAUAACCCACCUACUUCAGGCAGGGGCAAAAGAAGUAACGUCAAGUUUACUAAUGCAAUAACACUAGGACAAAAUGCUUCUUCAACUGUUAGCACAUUGGUACCUGGUACUAUUGUUAGAUUCAGAUCCCAAAUCCCUGUUGAUGCCAAGCUUAUUCAAGGGGUUCCUGAGACUGAUUACUUUACCCAUGUACAACAGGUUUACUAUCAUUUCCAAAAAGGAGAAUGGCGAGCCGUAUAUGGUCCUUCAAAGAACAGACAACAAAAGUCAUUUUCUGUAAAUAAAUAUGGCUUCUAUGAAGCCAAACGUCUUGCAGAGGAGUGGAGACUUAGAUACCUCUAUUCAAAUCCAAAUGGAAGCAAUGGUCAGCAAGGCACUGCUUAUAGUAAAUGUGUGCAGUGCGGUAAUGGUAUGGCGGGAAAUUCUGGUUCGUGUGGCCGACCUGCAUGUAUAAAACCAGGCAUGGAUUGUGUUUGUAAGUAUAAUUCUAAUGGGUUAUAUGAGGAUAAUCGUGGCUCUGGAGUGAGUACAAGGUGCAGAACAGGAAGAAAGCGAAGAUCAACCCGAAUUGAAAUAGAAAGGGAAAUAGGAGGAAGAGUUGUAGCAUCGCCAUCAGAUUGCAUUCCUACAAAAGUACCGAAUAAGGGUAAUGGCGUAUGCAACUUAAAGGGUGCAGGCAGCUAUACAUCAUCGAAAAUAGGAGAAGUUUUGAAUGAAAUUCCAUUAUUAACCGCGGGUAAUGUCCAUAAUACAAUUCAAGGAGAAGUAGGGGGUGUAGAGGCAGGAAUUUCUAAGGCAGUAAUUAGAGUGGAGUCAAGAUCUCCGAGGGUGGUACCCCAGAGUGUAAGUGAAGAAGGGGCCAGGCCAGGAGAAGAUUCUGUAUAUUCCUCUAUAGAUGGAAUGAUAGCUUUUGGUAAUGCAGAGUUUUCCGCAACAGUUCCAGACCAAAAGUCGUGCCCUGGAAAGAUUUCUAUGAUUUCAAGUCAAUCUCCAAAUAACAAAUCUGUUUUGCAUCCUACAAUAUCCGGAGGAGCGGAUUUUGUGGGUCUUGAGCCUGGAUUCAAAGAUUCAAUGACUCACAAAGGUUUAGAUAUGUCAGCUUCUUCGACUGCGUCUACUACUCCAUCAAAUACCCCUGGAGGAUUGACCGGAGCCUGUGUCCCCCUAGGGGGAUUAAGAUAUGAUCAUGUUCAGAAGUCUUUUGAAGGUGAAGAGUUACUAAAUGCUUCAUCAUAUGCAGGAGCUGGGAUUAUGAAUACAAAUGUUUCAAAGUUGGGUUCAUCACCAUCUAUUGGACGGAUAAUUUCUUCAGCAAGUUCUAAAGCCACAUCAUCUUCGACACCCAUGAUGAUUUCAGAGAUUUCUUCCCCUUCAAUUUCAUCUCCUGUUUCUGUUGGACCCAAUUCCUGCUCAACCACUAUCUCUCCAGAUAAACAACAAUCAAUACUUGGAGUUGGAGCAGGGCGAGCAAUGAUUCCUGGUAUAAUACAUCCUGUCUCUGAAACCUCUUAUUCAGUUGUUCCCAGCUCUCUAAGAGGAGGGAAUGCUUAUCCGGUUCAAUCUGGUAUGGUUGCAUCUGGCAAAUCUGGAAAGUCUUCAUCUUCGUCCUCGUCAUCAUCUUCUUCAUCUUCUUCAUCCACUUCUUCAUCCCCACAAGGAGAUAGGAUACCACCAAAAGGGUCAAUAAUGCUUCCUCAAAGUACUCAAGGAAUUCCUAUUGACUUUUCGGCGUCAGAAAAUUCUUACACUGGACAUUUUUCUACUUCUGUAGGAAUUUUAGAAUCUUCUUAUGGGUGUGUUUCUCCGGUCAUUGAAGAGAGUUGUUGGAAUUCUACAGAAAAUGAAACAAUGGCUUCUUCAUCUAUAAGUAACAAUUCCAAUCUGGUAAGUGUUAUUGGUACAUCAAAAAAUAAUAUUGGUGGCACAAUCUCUAAUACCACAACUUCUACCUCCAAUACUGCUAUUUCCGCCUCUACUUGUACCAAUAUUAGAGCCAAUAGUGUUAAUGGUUCCUCUGUUAAUAAUCGUAUCGAAAGUAUUAAUAUUAACACUAACAAUAGUAAUAAAGUCUCAGUAUUGAAUACCAAUGAUACUAUAAUAAAUGUUGAAACUCCUCAAAAUAGUGAGAGUUUACGAAUGGGAGGAAUAAAAGCAGGAAAAUCUCUCUCUUCAAUUUCUGGGAAAGAUAAUAAUACAAGUUGUUUGAGUUCAUCUGGCACAGAAAAGGUAUCAACUUCUAUUGUUGUGUCUGGUAGAUCCGUUGAUGAGAGUUUGAGUAAUCACAGUGAAAAUGGAUGUAGAAGUAGAAACAGAAAUAGUAGCGAAGAUAACGAGAACUCGGUUGCAAAUGAAAGCAUAAGUGUAAGUAACGAUGAAAACUCGGAGCGCAGAAAUGGUAGUUCUGACGUAAAUCGUAACAAUGGAAACCCAUGGAUUAAGAGAAAUGCAUGGGAUGAAGAUCUAAUUAUAGAUUCAUUCUUUGUUGGAUAA